GUACACCGAAGGCCCGACGUUCCCCACUCGGGUUCGGAGCAGUUGGGGUCAAUUUCCGCUCGGUGGUGGCCAUUUAUAUGAAGGAACACUGAAGUUUUCAUCCGCCGACCGCCGUCGCCAUGUCCAACAACAAUGCCAGCAACAACUUGAUCAUCGCUCAGAGGGCGGUGAAGCAGCUGCGCUUGGAGGCCAGUAUCCGCAGGAUCAAGGUUUCCCAGGCGGCUGCCGAACUCCAGAAGUUCUGCCUGCAGAACGCCAGCCGGGACCCGCUGCUGGUCGGGGUCCCCUCCAGCGACAACCCCUUCAGACCCCCCAAGUCCUGCUCCCUGUUCUGAGGACUGAACACGGUGAAUAUGAAGCCUUCACUCUGCCUUGAUGCCGCUGUUAGACCUGCCAGCUCCUCGUGGGAUGGAGCUCCGUGGGGGUGAUGGGGUGUCCACUUGUUUGCCAAAACUAACGCAACUGUUACACAAAACCAGGGCCAAACUCUACUUGUUAUAAAACGCUAUUAAGGAUUUUUCCCCAGUUUCUGUUUGCUUUUUUUUAUUGUUUUUGUUGAAAAUCAAUAUUAAUUCAGAGCGGGUGUUUAUGAACAUGCAUAAUUUAAACACUGUAUUUCAUAUUGUCUUUCCUGCCGGAACACUGUGUGUGUGUGUGUGUGUGUGUGUGUGUGUGUGUGUGUGUGUGUGUGUGUGUGUGUGUGUGUGUGUGUGUGUGUGUGUGUGUGUGUGUGUGUAUAACAUUGGCUUCUCAGCUAAACUGAAGGGUGUAUGAAGCUUCUAGUUUUUGUGGUGAAGGUUAAGUUGUUGCUACUAUUGAGGUACAACCACAUGGUGCAGAUUUAAAUGCUUUUAAUGUAGGUUGUGUGAUUGUUGAUUAAUCACCAUAUCUGAUUUUGUACAUAUUUAACAGCCUAUUAAGGUUGCUUUUAUGUGUGUGUUUUCUUUCAUGUUUAAUAAAAACCUUUUAAAGACCUUUUAGCUUGUAAAACCUGGUAGCAAAUGUAAAUUGCAAUAUAAAUGUAAAUCACUUGAUAAACACCCCAGUGGGAAAAAAAACAGGAAAUGUUUGCACAGUGUCUGUAGAAAACAUUUAAACAUUGUUCGUCUUGGUGUCUAGUUUUUCCCACACUGGAAUCAUGCUACAAUUGACCCAAGCUUUUGCUACUGUAUCGGUCUUAUCUUUGGUACUGUGGGAAGUCUCUCAGAGAAUAAAGAACUUUUUCAGACACAGA